AUGGGGAAAAUGGGCCCCGUCGCCAGAUUCAUCAAUCAGAAUGUCGUUCCGCUGGUUGGCUUGAGCGGCACCCUCGUUCAAGGAAUAUCCACUUCAUUGUCGCGCUCAAGCUCUACUGCAGGCCCAGUCUCUCUUGCAGCGUCCGAAACAACUGAGCCUAGAAAGCCAAGUGAUGGCUCCCACGACGCUCUCUACGAUCUCGCACUUGACGAUCCAAAAGUCGUGGAUGACCUGCGAAACCACAUCACCAAGUUCGUUUUCGCAGAGUCCGUGGACGGUGUCUCAAUGGACACACAGAUGUUCUUGAGACGCUCUGUUCCGUGGAGUACUCCCAUAGCCGAAUGGGAAGAUCUUGACGACGCAGUACAGCUGCUGUCCAAGACCAUUGGCGAAGAUGAUCGACUAGCAGGAAACAGACGGGUCUGGGAUAUCGACUGCAUGCACGCAGAACAAGACCAACUGGUCGGCGAUAAAGGCAGGGAUUGGUUCAACGCGAUAUGGGUACCAAGCCAAAGCUAUGAUUACAAAGAUGCAGUGCUCCCAGGUACCGAUCACGACUUGUUGGUGGACCCUGCCUUUGGUGGGAGCGAAAAAUGGUUGCAGCGGGUCAGCGAGUCCUGGCAGACUUCGCAGCCUGUCGUAGGGGCUCCUUAG